GGUCUGACGGGGAGAGAAGCAGCGGCCCUUGGAGGAUGUGAAGAUGGGUCUAGCGGUCGCUCUCCUGUGGCUGUUCACCGGCUUCCUGCAGGGCGCGCGCGGCCAGGGCGUGUACGCUCCUCCUACCGUCCGCAUCGUGCACUCUGGUCACACCUGUAACGUGGAGGAGGAGCGCUACAGCGAGAGAGUCUACACCAUCAGGGAGGGGGAGACGCUGGAGCUGCAGUGUCUGGUGACGGGACACCCCCGCCCUCAGAUUCGUUGGACCAAGACGGCAGGCGGAGCUUCGGAUCGUCAAGGAGACUCAACGCUGCACAACGAAACUCUGAAGAUCACAAACAUCAGCCGCCACACGGGGGGGCGCUACUACUGCAAGGCUGAGAACGGACUGGGAUCCCCCGCCAUCCGGUCCAUCCGCGUCGACGUCUACUACCUGGAUGACCCCGUGAUCACGGUGCACCAGAGCGUGGGUGAGUCCAAGGAGCAGUUCUACUUUGAGCGGACGGUGUUCCUCCGCUGCGUGGCCUCCUCCAACCCACCGGUCCACUACAGCUGGAGGAGAGGACGGGAGGCGCUGACUCAGGGCUCGGAUGCCGGCGUGGAGAUCUACGAACCGUUCUUCACUCAGGGGGAGACGAAGAUCUUAAAGCUGAAGAACCUUCGUCCUCAGGAUUACGCCAGUUACACCUGCACCUCCUCAGUGAGGAGCGUCUGUGGCAUCUCAGACAAGAGCGCCACCUUCAGACUGAACAACAGGACGGCUCCUCCCUCCAUUAAGCUCCUCCUGGACGACCCCCUGGUGGUGAAACCGGGCGAGACCAUCACCCUGGUGUGCGUUGCGUCGGGCGGAGACCCUGCUCCCUCCCUGCUGUGGGUAAGGCCCGGGGGGGAGGAGCUCCCCAAGAGGAGCGUUGUCAACGGCGGGACGCUGACCGUCCCCGCGGUAACCGUGGACGACGGGGGGGUCUACAGCUGCGUAGCGUCCAACAACGUAGGAAACCCCGCCAAGAAGUCCACGACUAUCCUGGUCAGAGGUCUCCGUAAAGGUCGGUUCUGGAUCACGCCCGACCCGUACCACAACGACGACAAUAUCCAGAUCGGGCGCGAGGUGAAGAUCAGCUGCCAGGUGGAAGCCACGCCCCCCGAGGAGCUUCAGUUCGGCUGGCUGAAGAACGGGCGUCCCCUGAGGAGCUCCGAGAGGAUGGUCAUCACCCACAGCGACACGGAGCUCACGCCGGGCACCACCAACCUCGACAUCAUCGACCUCAAGUUCACCGACUUCGGCACCUACACAUGUGUGGCCUCGCUGAGGAACGGAGGAACGCCGGAGAUCAGCAUCGACGUCAACAUCUCCUCCACCACAGUUCCUCCGGAGCUGUCCGUCCCCAGGGGGCGCUCCCACCUCGUAGCCCAGGAGGGCGACACCGUGGACCUGCAGUGUCUGGUCUCAGGGAAACCCAAACCCAUCAUCCUGUGGUCCCGGGCGGAGGAGAGCGGGGGGGCGGCGGCGGCUCUGAUGCCGGACGGCUCGGAGCAGACGGAGAGCUACGACGGCGUGCUGAGGAUCACCAACGUCAGCAGAGAGAUGGGCGGGACCUUCUGCUGCCGGACGAGUCAGUACAACGGGUUCAACGUGAAGCCGAGGGAGGCUCUGAUCCAGCUGGUGGUGCAGUACCCCCCCACGGUGGAGCCGGCGUUCACAGAGAUCCGCCAGGCUCUGGGCCGGGCCUUCAGCCUCACCUGCCGCCUGCUGCGAGCUCACCCGGCGCGCCUCCUGCGCUACGAGUGGAAGCUGGGCGCCCGCCUCCUCACCGUCGGGCAGUUCAGUGACCAGCGGGACGACACCAGCUACCUGGUCAGAGCGCUGAACCGAGAGGGCUACGGCGAGUACACCUGUGACAUCACCAACGAGGCCGGGGCGGGGCGCUGCACCUUCUUGGUCACAGGGAAGGCCUACGCUCCAGAGUUCUACUACGACACCCACGGCGCCUUGUGGCAGAACCGGCCUCGGGUCUACGGCUUCCAGCUGCAGUGGACGCAGAUGGAGCCCGGCGCCGUGGACCGGAUCCUGGCCUACAGACUGGGCAUCAGACAGAUGAGUCAGGCCCGCUGGUGGGAGCAGGAGAUCGCCAUGGAGACGAGCAUCCAGAAGGGGGAGCUGUUGACCUACAACCUCACUGAGCUCAUCAAGCCGGAGUCGUACCUGGUCCGCCUCACCCCCAUCACCCGCUACGGCGAGGGAGACGUCACCGAGCGCACCAUCACAUACAACGCUCCUGUUAACCCACAUCUCAGGGAGUUCCAGUGUGGCUUCGAGGACGAGGCGUUGUGUUUGUUCUCUCAGGACAAAACGGACGUCUUUGACUGGACUCGUCACAGCGCCGCCACACGGGACACCAAGUACACGCCCAACACCGGGCCGAGUGCCGACCACAGCGGCUCCAAGCAGGGUUUCUACAUGUACAUCGAGGCAUCAAGGCCGAGGCAGGAGGGAGACAAGGCCCGGCUGCUGUCCCCCACCUUCAACAUGAACGCCAAGACCUCCUCCUCCUCGUCCGUCACCAACAGCCCCACCUACUGCUUCGCCUUCUACUACCACAUGUACGGGAAGCACGUCGGAGCUCUCAAUGUCUUCCUGCGUCAGAAGACUCCGGCGGUGACCAACAGCUCAGUGUGGAGUCUGACCGGUAACCAAGGAGACCGGUGGCGGCAGGCCAAGGUCAACAUCCACCCGACCUCCGCCUUCCAGGUGGUGAUGGAGGGAGUCCGUGGCGCCGGUAUCGAGGGAGACAUCGCCAUCGAUGACGUCAGCAUCAAAGAGGGAGAGUGUAAAGACCCCCCGCCCAACAAUCUGAGGUCGCUCGCCCCGCCUUCAUCUGCUCAUAUAUGGCAGCUGUGCGUCACUCUAAGUCUGGCUUUGAUUGGCCGGCAGAGGUGACCCCCCCCAACCUCCCCAACCAGCUCUCUGACUCUUCUGCCCCCUCCCCCCAUAUCCAUCCCAUCACCCCCCACACACACACACAACCAAAGAUGCAAUCACACGUCAUGCCAUUUUGGUUGAUACAAAAAGUCAUAAGAUCACAUGGAGAAGUGGUCACUUAAUGGAGGAGUCCAUUACAGCUGCUUAUGCUAAGCUAACAAUGGGCAGAUGCUAAACAGGUCUUGUGUGAGAUAAUUACAAACAAAGUAAAUGUUAAGGCCUGAAUGGACCAACAAUAACCUGUAAUAAGCUGUAAUUCCACCCAUAUGAGGUCAUGUCAGCAUUGAUGUCGUCAUGGUGUUAGCGUAGCAUAGCGACGAUCAAACCAGACUCCAAUUACAACAUUUCCUCAUCAUUAUGUGUUUUCUUUUUGCUUUUUAAUCCCUUUAUUGUUAUUAAAUCACAGUGACAUUUAUUUUGUAUUCAUACAGCUGCAAUAAACCAGCAGACGAGUGUCAUGAUUCAGUGGAUUUGAUGAUAUAGAGAAUAGCAACAGGAAGUGGUGGACGUGUAGCCCCGCCCCAAAGCAUCCCCUGCUUCAUGGUCUAUUAAAGACCUGUCAAUCAGCGUGUAGCCCCACCCCCAAGCAUCCCCCGCUCCAUGGUCUACUAAAGACCUGUCAAUCAGCGUGUAGCCCCGCCCCAAAGCAUCCCCUGCUUCAUGGUCUACUAAAGACCUGUCAAUCAGCGUGUAGCCCCGCCCCAAAGCAUCUCCUGCUUCAUGGUCUACUAAAGACCUGUCAAUCAGCGUGUAGCCCCGCCCCAAAGCAUCCCCUGCUUCAUGGUCUAUUAAAGACCUGUCAAUCAGCGUGUAGCCCCGCCCCAAAGCAUCUCCUGCUUCAUGGUCUACUAAAGACCUGUCAAUCAGCGUGUAGCCCCGCCCCAAAGCAUCCCCUGCUUCAUGGUCUACUAAAGACCUGUCAAUCAGCGUGUAGCCCCGCCCCAAAGCAUCUCCUGCUUCAUGGUCUACUAAAGACCUGUCAAUCAGCGUGUAGCCCCGCCCCAAAGCAUCUCCUGCUUCAUGGUCUACUAAAGACCUGUCAAUCAGCGUGUAGCCCCGCCCCAAAGCAUCCCCUGCUUCAUGGUCUAUUAAAGACCUGUCAAUCAGCGUGUAGCCCCGCCCCAAAGCAUCCCCUGCUUCAUGGUCUACUAAAGACCUGUCAAUCAACGUGUAGCCCCGCCCCAAAGCAUUCCCUGCUUCAUGGUCUAUUAAAGACCUGUCAAUCAGCCUGUAGCCCCGCCCCAGAUGCUUUAACUCUUAUUUUUUUUAUCUUCAUCAAUAUUUUCAGUUGAAGCUUCUUGAAAUUCUGGUUUUAGCUCAAAGGCUACAAAGCACAGAAAUGAAAAUGUUACCAUUUUUCACCAUUUGUAAAAAGGGGAAGUAAAAGCUUGAAUGCCCCCCCACUCAUACCCCCCCCCCCCCCCUCCUCCCCAGAACAGUACUGUACUGCGAGAUGUUUUUUGACGUCUGAGGAGGAAACGUAAUCUUCUGCCACGACAUCAAGUGCCUUCAGACUCGCAGCAGGACGCCGCCGGCGGGCCCAGGCUGUCGGGACGGGGUCCACUGGGCCCAGCGCCACUGGUUUGAUGGCCGCCGUCGUCACGGAAACGACAGAGACAAACAGAGUGUGAGAAGAAAUAACGGAUGAAUUCUUCCUGGUCCGAUUAUGCAGGGAAUUAGUUUCUUACAGAAUAUUCCUUCUUUUUUCUAACGAUGAACAUGUUUGUGAACACAAGAGGAUUCUGGGAAACAGGAAGCCAUGUGGGACGACGUUGGACUCGAAAGCCUACAGAACAACUCGCGAUCACAACCCGGAGGAUCCGUGACCGGAGAUUUCAGAAUAAAAGACUUCCUGCUUGUACAAUUUUAACCCUGAGCCAAUGGGAUUCAGAACAACUUUAGUAUUUCAAAAUAAGGGUUUUCAGAAGAGGGCGGAGACUCCGACUGAUCAUCAGUUACCUUAAACAACAUUGUACUAAAUCCAAUCUUAUAUUGAUAUUAAUGAUACGUUUAAUUGCUCAUCUUUUGUUUGGUUGGAUACAUGGGGGGGGGGUCAUCACAGGGUUCUUGUAAAGAUGUUCAUCAUGUUGUUUUUCACAUUUGAUUCCUGCUGAUAAAAGUAAGCGAUACGACGAAGUUUCAUUAAAAAGCACAAAAAGACUAAAUGUUUGUGUUCACACAUCAAAGAAGUGGAGGAAUCGAUGCAAAGUUAAGAUCAUACCAAUUAAAAUAAAAGUCAAGUAGGCAAGAAUAAAAAGAUUGAUUCAAUAUCACAUCACUUUUAAAAGUCUUAUUUCUGCUUUAAAAAAUGAAGGAUUCUGAUUUUAUUUCUAAUUCAUUUAAUCAGGUUUUUAAAAAUUCCAUCCAUUUAUUUGAUGUCCAUGAGCCUUUGUACAUCAGCUGGACUUCUUAUUUCAACCAGAAAUUCCCUUUAAAGUGAAACAUCAACGCGACACCUUCUGAUUAUAGAUUUUAUUCACUUGAGUUUGAGUCGUUUUGUUCGACUGAAGAGUUGUGAUUUAUUUCUAUUUAUUUCUAUUCCAUGUUGUGUUCUUCCACUGCAGCUGUUGAUCAUGAAGGUGUCAAUCAUCCUGUUAGCAGCGUCAAUCAUUCAUUUCCAGUUUGACUUAAACUCUGAAUCAAUGAUCACAGGAUGAAACAGCAGAUCUAAAUGUUGGAUUCUUAAUGGAAGCCCUGUGAUGCCGAUAGAAAGGAAAUCUUGAUUAAAAUAUAAUAAAUAUAUAUAUAUAUAAAUUCAAAUGACAAACUAUAUAUCUUAUAUAACUUGUUUUAUUAUUUACUAAUUGUUCCUCUAUUUUCGGAGUUCUUCCAUGAAUUUUAAUAACAAAAUAAUCAUUGAUUAACUUAUAAAAAAACAUUUUUGCCUCCAAUAAUAUAAUGUAGUAAUUUAUGUUAUAAUAUUGAGACUAAACUCACUUUAUAAGACACUUAAAUACAAACAACGUCUGUAAAUAAAAGUCUGAAUAAAAUGUACGUUUCAAUGAAAGAUUUCUGUAAUAAAUAAAUAAACUCGGUUGAGUCCAUCAGGCUCUCAUCACGUCACGCCUACGUCUUCUGUUCACUCUGCAGUGGAAAAACAUAUUUUUAUAACUGUGAUUAUUCUCUGCAGUUAGAUGGACCGAAGGUUGCACUGCAUUCUGGGUAUUAUUACUAUUAUAAUAAAUACACUCCAAAUGUC